AUGGAAAGAGGCGGUUAUAGAAACACCACCGGUAACCGUGGCAGUGGUGGUAAUGGUCGUGGCAGAGGAGGUAAUGGUCGUGGCAGAGGAAGAGAGUUUCAUCAGGAACAACAGCCAAGUGCCGGUUGUGGUGGCAGAGGAAGAGGAAGGGAGUUUUACCACCAUCAAGAAACCAGUUCCGAUACUGGUCAUGGCAGAGGCAGAGGAAGAGGAAGAGCAAGAGAAUUUUACCAGCAUCAAGAAACCAGUUCCGAUAAUGGCGGUGGCAGAGGAAGAGCAAGAGAAUUCUACCAGUAUCAAGAAACCAAUUCCGGUAAUGGUGGUGGCAGAGGAAGAUCAAGAGAUUUUUAUCAGCAUCAAGAAACCAGUACCGGAGAUGGUCAUGGUAGAGGAAGAGCAAGAGAUUUUUAUCAGCAUCAAGAAACCAGUACCGGAGAUGGUCAUGGCAGAGGAAGAGCAAGAGAUUUUUAUCAGCAUCAAGAAACCAGUACCGGAGAUGGUCAUGGCAGAGGAAGAGCAAGAGAUUUUUAUCAGCAUCAAGAAACCAGUACCGGAGAUGGUCAUGGCAGAGGAAGAGCAAGAGAUUUUUAUCAGCAUCAAGAAACCAGUACCGGAGAUGGUCAUGGCAGAGGAAGAGCAAGAGAUUUUUAUCAGCAUCAAGAAACCAGUACCGGAGAUGGUCAUGGCAGAGGAAGAGCAAGGGAGUUUUAUCGGAAUCAAGAAACCAGUGCUGAUAAUUGUGGUGGCAGAGGAAGGGGAAGAGAGUUUUAUCAGCGUCAAGAAACCAGUGCCGGUGGUGGCGACAGAGGAAGAGAGCUUCAUCAGCAAGAACAAACCGGUGCAGGUGGUGGUGGUGGCUGCGGCAGCGGAGGGCUACAACCCCAACCACAAACCUGUUGGUCGCGAAGGCCUAAUAUAUCUCCCUCCUUCACCAACACAAACUCAUCUUCAACUCCUCCUCUUCCUAUGUCUAAGCACACCAAUCUUCAACCCCAAGUCCAAACUCAUCCACUUCCAGAUAUUGGAGUUCUGAAUGUAAAAGAGCAGCCAGGGGAAAGUCCAACAACUAGACCCAUACACCGGCCUGAUAAGGGAGGGACGGCGUAUAUUCAAAGAUGCAAACUUCACGUGAAUCAUUUUCCGGUUACCUACAAUCCAGAAAGAACCAUCAUGCACUACAAUGUGGAUGUGAAGGCUACUUUGCCGCUCAGAAAUGCUUCUUCCCCUCCAAAGAAAAUUUCCAAGUUUGAGUUAUCUUUGAUUAGAGACAAAUUGCUUACUGAGAGACCGACUUUGUUGAUGACUGCUUAUGAUGGGGGAACAAACAUCUAUAGUGCUGGUGAAUUGCCUGAAGAAACUUUUACUGUGGAGGUCUCAAGAGGAGAUGAUGAAAGCGCUGUUUCAUAUACAGUUACUAUAAAGCUGGUGAACAAACUCGAGCUUCGCAAGUUGAGAGAUUACAUUAAGGGCGGAGUGUAUUCGAUUCCGAGGGAUAUUUUACAGGGAAUGGACUUGGUGGUAAAAGAGAAUCCAACAAGGCACACAGUUGCUUUAGGACAACGUUUCUUUCCCACCAAUCCUACCAUGAAACAGAUGGAUCUUACACACGGUAUAAUUGCAGUUGGAGGGUUUCAUCAUAGUCUCAAAACUACAUCUCAGGGUUUAUCUUUAUGUCUUGACUAUUCAGUUUUGCCUUUUUCAAAGAAAAUGCCAGUCCUGGAUUUCCUCGGUGGGCGUAUAAAUAAUCUCAAUUUGGAUCAGUUUGAGAAAUUUAGAAAAGUUGUCGAGAAGGAACUCAUUGGAUUGAAAGUAAAUGUCACUCACAGGGUAACCAAACAAAAAUACACUAUUGCUGGGUUAACACGCGAAAAGACACGCGAUAUCACUUUCACUUAUUUGGACCAAGAGGGACAAAACCCCCCUAGCAGCAAAUAUCUUACUGACUACUUUGAAGAAAAACACACCUGCAAUAUUAAACACAAAGAUAUUCCUUGUUUGAUUUUUAGCGGUAGCAAGACUAAUUACAUGCCUAUGGAAGUUUGCGUCUUGGUUGAGGGUCAGAGAUAUCCCACAGACAGUCUUGAUCUCUCUGCUUCCACGAAGUUGAAAAAUAUGUCUGUGGCUAGUCCAAAGGAUAGAAAAUCUUCAAUAGAAUUGAUGAUGAUGUCUGCUGUUGGACCGCACGGCCGUGAUAUUCUUCAGGAUUUUGGAAUGGAGGUCAUCCCUUCCAUGACAAAUGUGACUGGACGUGUAAUUCAGCCUCCAGAUUUGAAGUUAGGUGAUCCAAAUGGAAGGGGUGGUACUAUGAAACUGAGAGUGGAGAAAUGUCAUUGGAAUUUAGUUGAAAAGUCAAUGGUAGAUGGAAAAACGGUUGAACAUUGGGGCAUCCUUGAUUUUACCAGCAAGGGAUCUCGCCACAAAUUUAAUCAUUAUCAGUUUGUAACCGAUCUGAAGGCAAAGUACAAGAAGUUGGCCAUUGACAUGAAGGACCCUGUUUUGUACGAGGAAUCUGAAAUGAGGAUACUUGGGGAUUACAAUUCACUAUCUAGAUUACUUGAGCGAAUUAAUUGUAAACAGCGGCUACAAUUUCUUCUUUGUGUGAUGGACAGAAGGGAUGAAGGUUACAAAUGCCUCAAAUGGAUUGCUGAGACCAAGGUUGGCAUAGUGACACAAUGCUGCUUAUCUCCUAAUGCUAAUAAAAGUAUUCGUAAUAAAGGGCAAGACCAAUAUUUAACAAAUCUUGCACUAAAAAUCAAUGCGAAAAUUGGAGGCAGUAAUGUCGAGCUCCUUAAUAGGAUCCCACACUUUGAGAAGGACAGACAUGUUAUGUUCAUAGGGGCUGAUGUCAAUCAUCCAGGUUCUCAGGAUAAAGAAAGUCCAUCAAUUGUUGCGGUGGUUGCCACAGUUAACUGGCCAGCUGCAAAUCGGUAUGCAGCACGAGUUCUUGUUCAAGAGCAUCGAAUGGAGAAUAUUUUAAAUUUUGGAGAAGUUUGCAUUGACCUUGUCACACAUUACGCAAAGUUGAACAAAUCCAGGCCUGAAAAAAUUGUUAUCUUUCGUGAUGGUGUUGGUGAAAGCCAGUUUCACAUGGUCCUUACAGAGGAAUUGAAAGAUUUGAAAACCGCAUUUGAGCGUAUAAAUUACUCUCCAAGUAUCACUCUUAUUGUAGCUCAAAAGCGACAUCAAACUCGAUUGUUUCCUGUAGAUGCGAAGGGGGUUUGUACUGGCAACGUGUUCCCUGGAACAGUUGUAGACACAGAUGUGGUACAUCCUUUUGAGUUUGAUUUUUACCUCUGUAGUCAUACUGGAAACCUAGGUACAAGCAAACCCACUCAUUAUCAUGUGUUGUGGGAUGAGCACAAGUUUAGUUCAGAUGAUUUGCAGCAACUGAUAUAUAAUCUAUGCUUUACCUUUGCAAGAUGCACUAAAUCUGUAUCCUUAGUCCCUCCAGUGUACUAUGCUGACCUUGCUGCAUAUAGAGGAAGAUUAUACUAUGAAGCAAGGAAGUCAGCAAAGAGAAAUGAUGAGGUGUUUGCCAAGUUGCAUCCUAAUACGGAAAACAUAAUGUUCUUCGUCUGA